CUCUGCUUAAGGUCAAUCUACUGGCACGCUGCUCACUGCUCAGUACGUACUGUAUGUUACGUGCUUACUGGUGCUGCAAAAAUACUAAAAACAGUGCAUCGAGACUAUCGAGAGAGAGAGAGAGAGAGUGUGUGUUAUCGGGAGACUCAUAGAAUCUCUUUGAAUCUCUUCUACUGGACGCCGCAAUCAUGAAGAUGCAGGGGCUCAGUUUAGCGUCCGUUAAGAAGCAUCCGGCCCUGUACCCGCUGUACUUCUGCAUAGUGCUGGGAGGCUGCGGCGCGUUCCUGUACACGUUACGUCUGGCAACGCGCAGUCCCGACGUUUCCUGGCUGAACAAGAAGGAGGCCGAGCCGUGGAACUACUACAAGGAAAAACAAUACAAGUUCUACGCGACGACAGAGGAAAUGAGCAACGCCAAGAGCCCUGCGCCCGAGUAUUGAGCUGCGUCAAUGUCGACUAGUAUUUGUUAUUAGGAAUAAAUUGUUAUCUGAAUCUCUUAAGUACUUUUGUGUCUGAGUAAUGCUAUUCUCACAACGGAGCGACAGGCACGCAGCAGUCCCUGAAUUACUCCCAGAAGUAUAUACAGCAUCAUUGAAUAUAAUAUAUACAUUAUGUAACUAUUAACUUUGGAGAGAGUUUGAUUAUUUAAUAAAGGAAUCUGUGUCGUGUAGGCGAUGCUGAUGCAAAAA